AUAUAUGUCGAAUGAUAAAGGAUCAUUAGAAUGUUUUCCAAUUUAUUCAUUUCUUUUUCUGAAUGAAAAAGGCUCUAGCUUAUAUAACGCUUAUAACCGAAGUGAGGUAGAGGAUAAAUUAGUUAUUAAAAUCGACCAAGAUGGUAAUCAUGCUCCCAAAUUUUCUGUUGCAGAUGACGUCUCAGAAGUAUAUAGUUUACCUGAGAUUCACAAAUGUGUUAAUGGUCAAAAGCCUUUAAAAGCUGUGAUUGAUAUUGAUGCGUCAAAAGAAGAUGUGGAAACUGCUAGUGUUAAAGGACAAGAAGAAGAUAUUCUCAAGGGGUUAGUAAUUGCCACGUCUUCAGAUCCUAGCAAGUAUAACUACCAUAUUUUAUAUGCGCCAACUCUUCUUAUCGACCAUUAUGAGCUCAAAGCACUCACUGAAUUAGUUUAUACCUUAACUGGAGAAAAAUUUGGCAAAUACAUUGAUAGAGAACUUCCUGGUCAAAAUUUUAACCUUCGUCUUAUUGUAAGACCUCAGAUGCUUAGUGAAGAAAAAAAUAAUAAUCUAUUAAAAAUAAUCAUAGGUCAGGAUGUAUUGCAAAAAUACGCAAAACUUGUUUUGCAAAAGUAUUCUAACUAUCUUAGGGAUUGGGCUAUUGAAGAAAAGGAAGAGACAAAGGAAAACUUCAUAUAUUUCAACCGGAAAGGAAGUGAUGAACCUGAGGAAGUUUUUGAAUGCAACCCAUCUAUUGCAGAACAAAUUCAAAAAGAAAAUAAAAAUAUAUUUUCGGCGUUUAGCAUUCGCAAGAUAAAAGGCCCAGGUUUUCCUAAAGCCUUCAUAAAAUUCCCAUCUUGGGUCAAGUAUAAUAAACUUCUUACAGUGACAGAAACAUAUAAGAAGAAAUAUUUAAGACCAUUACCCAAUGAAGGCGAUAUUUAUAUAGGGUCACCUUGGGAAACUGGAAAAAUAUACAUUCUCGAACAUCUUACUAUAUCUGACGUUGUGAAUUUGUUAGCAUUAUCUACGUAUCACUCUUAUUCUAAUGCUGUUACCACAAGACUCAAUCUCAAAUCAUAUUGUAAUAUUGAUGGUAAUAUAAAUCUACCUGAUCACAAGAGGAUAGUUUGCCAGAUAGAAAGCUUACAUUGGAUUACUAAUAAUUGUAAAUGCAGUAAAAAAUGUAAAUGUUCUCCAAUCCAAUAUGAUUUAUGGCUUGACGAAAUAGCAAGGCGUAUUAUUGUUAUGGAUAAUGACCUAACUGAUCUAAAUAUUGAAUGGAUUAAAGCCCUUCGAAAGGAUAAACUAUUCUCUAUUAUCCACAAUACUUAUCAACCACAGAAAGGCAAAAAAGAUGUACAAGAGAUUGUUCGUACUCUUAAGACUGAUUUUUCAGAACUACGAAUCAAGGAAUAUUAUGGUAAAUCAGAUCCUAAGGAAAAGGCUCAACAAAGAUCGUUCAAUGUUCCUAUUACAAAGAAAGGAUUAUUCCAAUGGUUGUUGAAUGAUAAACGAGAAUGCCUUCUCCAAGAACUUCAGAAUAGAGGAAUUUUUCCAGAUAUAGAUUCUAUUAUCCGGAAUAAAGAUAGAAUGGUCAAUUUUCUCCAAAAGGCAGGUAUGGUAGUUUCUAUCAUAGAAUUCAUUUCUAAACCUGAAGAUACUACAAUAUUACUAUCCCAAACAGUGAAGACUGCUGAAUUAUUGGAGAAUAAACCAAAAAAGACUUUAGAAGAGAUGCGCUCUUUAGACCGAUAUCAUAUUAUGGAUUGCUAUGGUAUUUCAUCUGAAUUACUAACCGAAGACUUCAUCUCAAAAUAUGGGAAUUACAAUCACAUGAAAUGGUUUAGAGCUUAUAGGCAACUAUGA